UCUUCAACUGUACUGCCUGCAAGUGCUUUCUAUAUUCAUUCUAGGUUUGAGCACACAGACCAAAUUUGCUGAUAAACUGAUGGGAAACUCUUGCGGGUGCUGUCUCUCUACAUCCCCUGCUACCCCUCAUCCUCAUAUUCCUCCGCCUCAUCCUCCGCCUCAUCCUCCGCCUUCUCCUCCGCCUCCUCCUUCGCUGGAGUCGGUCAUUCAUUCAAUCAGUCAAUCCAUUGGGAAUGAAAACCCAACUCAGAAAAUUGGUUUGCUUAUCCAGUUUAUAGAUGAUAUGCUAUUGAAAAUAAAGGCCCCUUCACAACACGGGGCAUCAACCUCUUCUUCCGGUAUUCAACUUGAUUCCGUGGCUUGGGGCACCAAAGCGGCUUCUGAAAUCAUAGACACCAUUUCAAGAGAAGCUAAAGAAUUAGAGAAAUCGGAAGUAGCGAAAGAAUUGGGAAAUGUCGCUUUAAAAGCAGUAAAAUUAGUGGGAGAGUCUCACUGGAUAUUCUUGGGACUAUCUAUGGCAGCAUAUGCCCUGGAGAGAUGUGUAACGGUGAGAUCCAAUGUGUCAGAGGUCAACGAGCUAUUGGAGAAAAUUGUUGAUUUGGCGAAAGAUGUUAAGAAGCUGGGAGAAACAACUCCUCGCGAUAUAAGUGAAAGACUGUGUUCUGCUGUGCAUAUAAUAGUAGAAGGUACAAUCCUCUGUUGUGAAUACACCGACCAAGGAAAGCUACAGAGGUACUGGCUUGCCGCUGCAAUGCAGACUCAACUUGAGAAGACUGGUAAGAGUAUACAAGAUAUUACAUCAUCUCUCACUCACUCCACCGUUGCAGACAUUAAAAAACAACUUCCUUGGCGUAUAGAGCAAUCUCCUCAGAAUCUCCUCGAUUUCAAGCCAGAAGGUAUCGAGGAGAAAGUAGCAAAAGUGAGAGAAAUAGUGGAUUUGGAAGGCAGUGAAGCAACUGUAGCUGUUAUAUUAUGGGGUUUCGGAGGUGUUGGCAAGAGCAUUUUGGCUUUGUCAUGCAUUCAGGAGUUGAAUUGCAUUUCCAAAGGUUACAAAUUUUGUAGGGUGAUAAUUGACGAGAAAACGCCAGACAGGACAUCUCACAUCAAGCAGCUACAAAAAGAUAUCAUUAAUGAUUUUGGGGGAGGCAAACUGGAUUUGCGAAAUACAGAGGAAGGGCGACAUCAAGUGUUCAAAGUUGUGAUGAACAAACGUUGUUUACUAUUUAUUGACAACGUUGUUGAUUCUUGGUAUAUCAAAGAACUCUUACCAUCAGAUUUUCCGCAAUCAGAAGAAAACAUUGUUUCAGUGCAGGUAGCAAAAGAAGCGAGGUUACGGAUAGUUAUAACCUCUCGACAAAAUAAUAUCAAACAACUACUAAAUAUCAAAAAGUUCAAUGAAUACCACGUAGAUCCCCUGUCUUACCCUGCUGCCAAAAUUAUCCUGCGCAAAACAAUUUUAGGUGGUCAGGGUGAAAGCCACCUCAAAGGGGACUUUGAUGAAGAGGGGUGUAUAAAUGCUAUUGCAGAGGCAUGCAAAGGUGUCCCUCUACUUUUGUCUGUUUUUGGAAAUUGCUUGAGGGCUGAAACUGAAAGGGAUCAGACUUUUUACAAGGAAGCCCUGAAAGCCCUUACGGAGGCAGAUUUUGAUAGAUUUGCUGAUGAAGAAAACCUGAGUGAAAAGCUUAUGUUUGUGUAUGAUAAAAUGAGAGAUCCCGAAGCUAAAGAGGCAUUUCUUGAUAUUUGUACACAGUUUCAUGGUUGGAGAUGGAUACAUGUUGCUGAGAUUGUGGAUUCAAAUAAUCUUGAAUCCCUCCACAAGAGAGGGCUAGUAAAGAGAGAUGAGUCAGGGAAAGUAAUUGUUCAUGACAUCCUUCGGUUGAUGGGAAGUAAAGCAGCAAAGGAAACUAGGAUUACAAAUCAUAGGGAAUUCUUAGCUGUGGUGGAAGAGGAAUAUAAGCUAAAAAAUAUAAAAGGCGUAGCCCUUACAGAUAAUACAAGUUUAGCUACAAUUGAAUCCGCACAUUUAAAUGCCAUGCGUCAUUCUUUGAGAGUCCUAAUUCUAGGAGAUUGGGUGGUAAUAAACGGUCUAUGCCAUGGAGCUUUUACAAAUCUCAGAUAUCUCUCUGUGGGGGACGUGACUGCUUUUCCGUUUACAGGUGUUUUUAAAAUGGAGAAACUCAAACGUUUCUACAAUAAAUCGAAACCAGGCAUGGACUUACCUGAGGUUAGUUUGCAAUUUAAAGCUGUGGCAAUUUAAGUUUUUUUCCCAUUCCGAGAUGCAAUAACUUUAGAAUGCUGUAUUUGUCCUUUAUGUGCGGGGGAAG